AUGGGAAGUGAGUGCAAUCCCAGCAAGCGCCACUAUGACCUUAGCAUGUCCAGAAGAACCAGAAAACCCAUAAAGCUUCAAGUAUCAGAUCAACCUAUUCAUCCCAUUAUCACAGCAGGAGAUGAUGACAAGAAGGAUGAUGUCAAAUGUUCUCCCGAAACAGAGAAUGUCAAAUCUUCUCCUGAAACAGAGAAUCCUUCUUCGGGAAUCGGUGAGGUGGAGGAGGAUGGCAUUGAUCGUAGAAGCCUGAAGGAACUGAUCCAUGAAGGAGAAGAGAAACUGGGUGAUGGAGAAGAAGGGAAGCGUGGUCGAAGUGGGAAAUCACUCGGUCAUCACUUCACCCAAGAAAAUCAGCUACAGUUGGUGACGAAGCAGCAAGCAGAGGGCAUGGAGGGGGUGAAGACUGGUGGAUUGGUAAGUCGUUAUAUUAAAGUCCUGAGUCACUUGAUCAAGGUGAAGCGAGAUCCACAUCUGGGUUCUCGGAAAAAGCCUGUUCUGCGUCUGAAAACGUAG